AAAAACAAAAAAAAAACACUAGUUUUUUCUAGAGAACAAAAAAAAAAAAACAAGAAUCAAGAAUGGGUUAUACCCUUUUGUUCUUCUUCAUUCUUCUCCAAAGUUUGAAUCUUUUUGCUAUUUCUACAACAUUAAAACCCUAUUUUUACUCCAAAACUUGCCCAAAAGCUGAAUUUAUAGUCAAAGAAGUUAUGAAAAAAGCUAUGAAAAGAGAAACAAGAAGCAUAGCUUCUGUCAUGAGAUUGCAAUUUCAUGAUUGUUUUGUUAAUGGAUGUGAUGCUUCUUUGUUGUUGGAUGAUACACCAAACAUGCUUGGUGAAAAGUUAGCUUUAUCUAAUAUAAAUUCAUUGAGGUCUUAUGAAGUUGUUGAUGAAAUUAAAGAGGCUUUGGAGCAAGCUUGUCCUGGCGUUGUUUCUUGUGCUGAUCUUUUAAUCAUUGCUGCUAGAGAUGCUGUUGUUCUGAGUGGAGGUCCAUAUUGGGAAGUAAAGUUGGGAAGACUAGACAGUUUAACAGCAAGCCAAGAAGACUCAAACCAAAUCAUGCCAAGUCCAAGAUCAAAUGCAACAUAUCUCAUUGAUCUUUUUAGUAGAUACAAUCUUUCAGUCCAAGAUCUUGUAUCCCUCUCUGGCUCUCAUUCCAUUGGCAAAGGAAGAUGUUUCUCCAUUGUGUUUAGGCUAUACAAUCAGUCCGGCUCGGGGCGUCCUGACCCCGCCAUUGAACCAUCAUUUAGAGAAAAGCUAGACAAACUUUGUCCACUUGGUGGUGAUGGGAAUGUGACCGGAGAUUUAGAUGCAACGCCUGAGCUGUUUGACAAUCAGUAUUUCAAAGAUUUGAUGAACGAGAGAGGGUUUCUGAAUUCUGAUGAAACGCUUUUUACUAACUCUAUAACGAGGGAGUAUGUUGAGGAGUAUAGUGUUGAUCAAGAAAGGUUUUUUAAUGAUUUUGCCGAAGGAAUGGUUAAGAUGGGUGAUCUACAGUCGGGGCGUCCUGGUGAGAUAAGACGCGAUUGUAGGGUGGUUAAUAGCUAUAGACCCGGUGUUGCAGUCUUGUUUGAGACUUCAAACCAAAAAGGGUAAAAUUAGAACUUUGCUUUUGUUAUUAAUGGUAAUGAUAGUAUAGCAAGUUGACUUGUUUCUAUGUAUGUUUGAUGGUUUGGCUAGUGGGAUGCCUUAAAAAGAUAUAUAACUCAUAGAAACAUUAUUAGAAAUGAGAAAAAUAGCCCAAUCACUUAUUAA